AGCUUGUUAGCUUGUCUGGUAGGAGACUGGGCACUCUGAUAAAUUUAUAUAGAUCAUUCCCUCUGACAUAAGAGGUCACAGCCUGAAUAGUGUUACUUAUUAUUCUAAUCUAUAAUGGCCGGAGAAUCUUCCCAGUCAGGUUUGGGGCAGGAUAUGCUCUCAGAAGCUCCCCUAUCUGCAGCACAAAUACAAGAGCUUAUUAAUAGAUCAGUUAAGGCAGCUCUGGCGACAGUUGCUGCACCAUCGGUAUCUCAUAUGCCAGUUACUGCUGACUCUGCCAAGAAAGGCAAAGCGCUUUAUAAGCGCAAACAUACUGUCGCAUACGACUCCCCGGCAGGGGAAGAAACAUAUAUGCAACAGACAGAGCCCACCAUGGCCUGUCACCCCGCAAUGACAAACGACCCCAUUCGACCCCCGGGCCUCAGGGAGUGUACUAAGAGGCAUAAGUCCAUCAGGCGUUCCAAGCCUAACUCCUUCGAUACGUCGGAGGAGGACUCGGCGGAGGAAGAAUCUGGUGAACCAGAAGGCACAGAUUCUGGGUCUGAAAAUGAGGCGGGUUUACAGGCGGAUUUCCCAUCCACCGAUCCGGGUGUCCCAGUAGAGACUAUCCUGGAUACUUUGGGGCAACCCUUUUUCCAUCCAGAGGCCAUCAUACACCCCCGCUCAGGGGAUUGGGCCCCCUUGCCCCAGGUGGCUGCAUAUAUAGAAUACUGGACCCGGCGAACCCUUGAUCGGGUCAACCGUAAUAAACUGAGGGCAGAAUGCCCACGGCCUUUCCUCUCCAAGAAAGUGGCCAUAACUCCGGAAAUAGAUCCUGUCCUUAUGAAGUACUUAUCAAAAUCCGGAAAAUACUCAAAAAAGGGCAUUGAAAGGUCGCUCAAGGCCAUCCAAGACAGGAUUUUGGACCUAUUGGGCCCACUAACAAAAAUCCUUAAUCUUUCGGAGCAAGCAGCUUCCUCUGGUGACCCUGUGGAUAUCACGCAACUCAGAGGAUGGGCGCAACGUGCAAUGUGCAUGUUGGGAACGGCGAAUACCACCUGUUCCAUUGAACGCAGGAGAUCCAUCCUCAUGAAGCUGGAACCCCAGCUUUCACAUUUGGCGGAAAAUGAACCCGGCCCAUCGGCAGAAGGCCUUCUCUUUGGGGAGGACCUUCUCAAGAAUAUUAAUAAAUUUGUAGGCCUAUUUACAGGACUGGACAAAGCGCAAAAUUCGCUUAAAAAAUCCAGUGGCAAGGUUUUUAACAAGGCCGGCAGAGGAAGAGGUCGUUCUGCCGGCCGAGGCAACUAUUAUAGACCCUAUGCUAGACCUCCCGCUCAGCCCUAUGUGCCACCUCCACAACAAUAUACCAUGCCGAUGGCACAACCUGCACCUUUCUUUCCACCCCGAGGUCGACCCUGGAGAGGACGGGGCGGUAGAGGCUACCCUCGUUCCAGACCAUCAUCUGGUUAUUGAAGAGAAAGUCUUCCACCUUCUGCAAGGAGGCUGAUAUGUUCCUGAUCCGUUGUUCAUCUGGUUUUUGUUCCAGUUCGUUCAGGUCACGGCGGUCCUGUUGACCACGUUGUCAAGAAGCAUCAUCAGGUGGCAGUUCCUGUUCUUCAUAUGGAGUCUGCUGUGCUGGAUACCGCAUAAAGAAAGAGGAGGAGAUGUCCCAGACAGCCCUUUAUAUAGGAGCCAGUCGAGCUAGGAGGGGUGAAGAGAGUCCAAAGGGCUG